CAGUUAAUUUUUAUUCACAAGGAAAAAAAAAAAAACAGCUGUUGUUGAGAAAGAAAACAUCAAAAAAUGCCGGCCCCAAAGAGAGGACCAGCUCCUCAUGAUUCUCAGCCCAAGAUGAGGAAGUUGGAUGAGGACGGGGAGGCUCUGCCAUCCAAAACUACACCAGCUACCAUUAAUAGGUCCCUUAAAACAGGAAAUACGCAAGAAAACACAGCAGCCCCCCGGACUAAGAAAAAACUGUCUACUUCAGCGGAAGAGGGAAAUAAACCAGCCAAGUCAUCCAAACAGAGUUCUCCUCCGAAGGAUUCCAGCAAAACCCUCUCAGACCCACCUGUCAAAAAAGCCAAGCUCCUGAACGCCACAAGUGCCUCCUGCGGAGAAGCUCCCUCACAGAAAGCUAGCUCCAAAGCUUCCCUGAAGCGAACAGCCUCCACAGAGUCUGACGAUGAGUUGAGUAGUGAUGGCAGUAAGAUAGACCUCUUUAGAGAGAGGGAUGACGGUGGCAAAGCCCGCUGCAUUCGAAAAUAUUCAAACAAAGCAAAGCGCAAGGCUGAAGAGUCAUCUUCUGACCAACAGGACACAAACCAAGGGUUACCAUCUGGAUCUUCAGACCCCGUACAGAUGGACCACAAUUAUGGUAGAUUUUCAGAUUUGACAGAUAUUCAAAGCAUAAGUGAAGCAAAUCAGAAUGAGCAAAAAGACUCUGCAGAGUCUGUUACUGAACUCGAGGGACAAGGAAAGUCAGAAAAUGCAGUAAAAGUAGAGUCAACGUUACUCUCUGAAUCAGUUAGCACUAAGACUAGUAUCAAAUCUGAGUGUGCAGUUGAAGAAAGUAAACAUGAGGAUUUAAAAAAUGUAGAAAGCCUAAAACUCAUAGAAAACGAAACACUACCAUCAUCUAGAGAAAUAUUAGACUCGGUCACUGCAACAGCUGCACAUAUGCCUUGCAUUACACCUGAGGACGUUGCACAUUCUACCAACAGCCAACAGGAUGUAGAUGAUAAAACACUAGUGUUGUCAGUGGAAACACUAUGUGCUGUUACUGGAGAGGUGAAUCCGAGCUGUGAAUGUGAAGACCAGGCAGAUGAAAAAACAGGCUCAGCUUGCAGACCAGAGAGGCAGAUAGAUGCGAGCAGUGAAACUGAAAUAAUGGAGACCACAGGGUUUGUUUCUGAAGGGAUGAAACUGAAUAUAAAAUGUAAAACUAAGGAAGAUGAACACGAAAUGAAGGGAGCGAUUGAAGCAGCCGGUGUCUCAGCGGAGCAUAAAGAUGUAGGUAUAGAAGAGAAAGCAUCGUCAAACAAAACAAACUCUGCACCAGAAGAGAUCCUGGUUGGAAACAGUAAUCCAGAGAGUCAAACAGACCUCAGUGUCAAAAUUCAAGUUACUUUUAAGGAGGAAUCGAAAUCUGUACACAUGGCGGAUCAAGUGCCAGAUAAGUUUACCAGUUCUUGUGAUGGUGUGAACAAAGUGGUUAGAAAGUCUGAAGAAAAGCUUGAAGAAAGUGAAAGAAAAGGAGUUGAAUUCCAGUCGUCUGAGUCUGUUGCGGGUCCCGGGUCUUUUGUUGAGGUGCAGCUGAGCCAUGGCGUGACGGACAAGAUGACUGACAGCCACACUGAAAUAUUGACACCUGAUUGUGAGGCGGUUCAUGAGCCAAAACAAAGAGAGGUGCUCUCUGAAUGUGUCACAGUCCCAGAGGGUCAAACAGAGAUGGACAUGCAGACUGAAAUAACAUCAGAGGGGAUGUCUGACUCAGCACCUAGAGUGGCUAUCCAAAAUCAGGAUAACCACAAAGUUAAUGACCACACUACAGAAAUACCUGCUGAGGUUAAAGAUGUGACGGCUGAAAAUCCUACAAGUGUGGGAAGAGAAGAGACGGGCUUUGAGUGUGCCGUUGCACCAAAUGGUCAAAUCACAAUGAACAUAGAGGCUUCAGCAAAAUCAGCGCAGGAGAUUUCUUAUCCCACCUCUUCAGUGGAAACACAAAGCCAGAAGGGCCAAGAGGUUUGUGAACCUGUUACAGAUAUAUCUACUGGAUUUAAUAACGAUCAUGUGGUUGAAAAUUCAAAAACAAUGGAAAUGCAGACCACAUCGACGUCAGAGAUUUCUCCUCAUGGAACUCUUAAAGUGGAAAUACAAAAUCAGGAAGAGCAAAAGAGUGAAGAAUUAACUACAGCCAUAUCUACAGAGGUUUAUGGAGAUAUUGAAGAUAAUGAGAACUCUGAGUGUGCUAGUCGGUCUGAGAGUGAAAACAGAAUGGAGCUGCAAACUAUAACAACGUCAGACAUUCGUGAUCCAGCACCUACACUGGAAGUGAAAAGGCAGGACAGCCCAGAAAUGAGUGAACCCGUCGGGGACGUAUCUGAUAAAGGACGUGCAAAUUGUGAGAGCACAGAAGAUGAACACAGGGUUGGUACUGAAUGUGUUGCUGCUCCUGAGGAUCAAACAGAAGUGGAUAUGCACACUGUAGCUACAUCAGAGGAGCUUUUUAACCUCACAUCUACAGUGGAAAUACAAAACCAGACAAUUCAGGAAGUCAGCGAACCUACCACAGUCACGUCUGAUGAAUUUCAUGAGGAUCAAAAAGUUGAAAAUUCUAAGUUUGUUGAAAAUGAAAACAAGGCGAACUUUGAUUCUGUUGCUGCAGCAGAGAGUCUAAUCGAAAUGGAAGUGCCAACAACGACACCAGAGAUGGCUAACUCAGCCCCUUCAGUGGAAAUACAAAAAACAAGAGCUGCUACACCAGAGGAGAUAUUUAACAUGUCGUCUGAAAUGGAAAUGAAAAGCCAGGAAGUCAGUGGACAUGCUUCACACAUAUCUACAGAGGUUCACGACAUGCUAAUGGUUGAAAAUUCUCAAAAUGUGAAGAAUGAAGACAAGAUCAACUUUGAAUCUGUGGCUACACCAGAGAAUCAAGCUAGAUCGGAAAUACAGACUACAUCAACUUCUGAGAUUUCUAACCCGGCCUCUCCAGUGGUAAGAGAGAGUCAGAAAAGCCAGAAUGAAGUGGGAAUGGAAACUGCAACAACGUCAGAGAUGUCUAAUGUCACACCUACAGUGGAAAUACAAGGGAAUAAGAGCCAGGAUGUCGGUGAACAUAGUAGUGACAUAACUACACAAUACGUGACUGCACCAGAGAAUCAAAUCAAAAUGGAAACUCAGGCCACGUUGACAUCAGAGAUUUUUACUCUCGCACCUAAAGCAGAAAUACAAAGUCACAAAAGCCAAGAAGACCCUGAACCUGCAGGAGACACAUCUGAUGAAGUUGAAGAAAAUCUAAAGAGUCCUGCAAAUGAGUUUAAUGAAAAUGAAAACAAGGUGAUUAUCGGAUGUGUGAUUGCUGCUGAGAGUCCAGUAGAACCGGAAAUGCAGACAGCAGCACCAGAGGAGAUUUCUUAUCCAGCAACUGCAGCACAGACACAAAACCUGAGAUGUCAGGAGCUCAACAAACCCACUACAGACACUGAACUUCAAAAAGAUGAAAUCAUUGCCUGUGCUGAGAGUAACGAAAACACAGAAGAGGUUGUCACCGAAUGUGUUAGUGCCACUGAGAAUCAAAUAGAAAUGGAUACAGAAACAACAGCAGCACCAGAGGAGAUUUCUGAUCUGGGAUCUAUAGCGGAGAUGCAAAACCAGGGAAGCCAGGAAGUCAGUGAACUCAACACAGACAAUGACGUUGUUCAAAAAGAUCUAGCGAUUGUAAGUUGCUGGAAUAAGGAAAAUGAAGACAAGGCCGCUGCAGAGUCUGUUGAUGUCCCAGAGAUCCAAACAAAUAUGGAAACUGCUGCAGCGCCCCAAGAGAUUUCUGUUCCAGCACCUAUGGCAGAACAGCAAAACUACGGGAUGGAGGAAGUCACUGAACACAUCGCGGCAUUAUCGAAUGCAAUUCAGAAACCUCUUCCUGUGAACAAUUUGGAAAAUAAAGAAAAGGAAAAUAUGCCUGGGACAGAGCCUAGUGCUGAAGAUGUCCAAGGGGAUAUGGAUGUAAUAAGUGGAUCAAUAGAAACCGUUGAUUCUGCCUUAGAAGAGGAAACAAGGAAGCAAAUGAUUAAUGAGGCCAAAGAAGAGGCUGCAGUCAUUUCUAGUGAUAAGGCUGACAAAAGAGUCGGUAUUAUUGAAGGAGAAGGAACUGGAAGCAAUGAAGUGAUUGUUUUUGUUUGUGGCCAAGCAGAUGACAUUGAUGUUGUAAUUCAGGCAUCAGAAGAGCAGAUUAAGACGGUUAAUCAGCCAGAGGUUCAGCUUCACGAAAACCAGAUAGUGUAUGAGCCCAUUAGUAGUCCAGAAAGUAAUGACGACAGGGAGACGUCUACAGCGUCGGAGAAGCAUGAUGGUGCGUCUUUACUGGAUAUACAGAACACACAGGCCCAGCAGAUAAAAGAAGAUGCAUCUAAUAAUGAAGAAGAAAAAGAAACACGUGACCCGCUAGAGGAAACUGUGAAGGAACAAACUUGUGUAUCAGAUAGCCAAGCAGCAGUUGAGAUGGAAGUAGAAAACAACAGUGUGCCAGAAAGUCCUCUCCCUGCGCCAGCGGAGCAGAGUAGCAUGAAUGUGGAUGUGAAACAAGUCGCAGCAAUCAGCUCUAGCGAUGAUAUCAGCGCGCCAGAUGGCCGGUCAGAAGAAGCAACAGAAAAAAGUGACAGGAACGGCUUUCCAGAGUGCGUCACCGCCACAGAGUUUACUGAACAGGUGCCGGAGGACGCUGGACUUCAGGAGGUUGCAGACGUCACGGUGACAACAACUACAGCUGCUGCCGGAGCUGAGGUACCAGACAGUGCGUCUGAGGAGUAUGUGAUCUUAGAACCGGUCCCCGAGAGCGAUAUUCACUUUGAUAUUGUCACUCAAGCAGCGGCCGAAUCGGGUUUGUCUGCCUCGCUCUCAGAGGAGGUCAAUCCAGACGUCGAAUUAGUGGGUGAAGUAGAAAAUCUUUUGAAUGGCUCCCAACAAACCGUUUCCCCUGACGCAGAAGUACGUGAGGUCAAAGAUGCCGCAUUGACCCAUUCAGGUGAGGAUACGGAAACCACGGUUAGGGGAGAAAUGUCAACUGGGGAAGGUUUUGAAGUUUGCAAGCAACCAUCGUCUGACAUGAUGGAUGUUGAUUCCACAGAGACGGACAUGGCAAACUCUCACGCUCAACGCACAAAUGAAGACUGUAAUGCUGUGGUAAUGGAGAGUGUUGAGGCUAAUUUGGAUCUUCAAGAAGUGCAGAUCCUGGAGGACAUAGAGAUCGGUCGAGAGAUUGUGGUAGCGGAGGAAGAGGAUGACGAAGACGGCGACGUUACAAUAAUAGAAAAACCCGAAGCUGUCCCUCCCAAAAAGGCUGUUGAAAAGGUUAAUGAGAAAAAUAAAGACGGCAUCAGUGGGACCAACUUGAAGCAAAACAGCACAUCUGGUGAGAAGGCUGACGAUGAUAAAAAGGGACGAGAGCCGGAAAAACCCAAGAAGCAAGAAAUGAAUACACAAGCCAGAACCAAAGCUCGCCUGGCAGCUCUGGCUGAGCAAAAAGCUGCAGCGUCUAAGAGAACAGCAAACAGACAACAGCUGAACCUCUUAGCUCUGUGUCAGGAAAUCGCAGAGGACAUUGCCACAGACAGCAUGCUUUUGAAGAGGAUAGAGGAAGAAAAACAAGCCGCAGCAGCAGCCGCCGCAGCCGCAGCAGCAGCAGCCACAGCAGCAGCAGCCGCAGCCGCAGCAGCCGCUGCCGCCGCCAAGAGUGAAGCCAGUAAGAAGGAAAGUCCACCUGUUAACACGCAGGAUCCAGAUACUGUUAGUGUUGCAACUCCUGCUGGACCAGAAGGCUGCUCUGCCUCAGUGACCCCUGCUCCGGAGGCAUCUGCAGCCCAGCCCUCGACAGCUGAUUCAGCUGACGCCAAGCCUGACGCAGAGCCUCCGAAGAGACGUUUCUUCAUCACACAGAUUUCAGUACCACUGAAAGCCCAUGAGAAAAAGAAGCUAACUAGAUAUCAAAGACUAAGACAGGUUGAGCUGCAGAGAGAAAAAAUGUCCUGGGCACGAGUCAAGAAAUUAAAGUCUGACCAAGCAAAUCAGAUGUUUUCAGACAUGGAUUGGCAAACACCCCUUUCUCCCACUUCUCCGUUUUCAAUGAGUCCUGUGACCACAACUCCUCCACCUGCUGCCAGUCCAUUGAAAACAUCUCCCCCGAGUCCUGCCACAACCAGCAAACCAGCUACACCCACGGCAGAGGUUCCCAAAGUUGAGACUCCAAAGGCGGAACCCAUCAAAACGGAACCCACGAAGACAGAAACUUCCAAAUCUGCACCGGCUAAAACCGAACCUACCAAACCCGAAGCCUCUAAAACCGAACCUCCUAAUACUGAAACCCGGAGAAGUACAAGGCAAAGUAAGGCUCAAACCCUUAAAACAACCCCUACUCCAGGGCCGGCCCCAAAAGUGACCAGAUCAGCAUCAAAGAGGACCCUCCCAGCAGUACCUCCUCCCAUGCCCAACGGACUUAAUACUCAAAAAGCGAAGCCUGUCGAGUACAAGCCAUACAGACCCCGGCCCAAGUAUUCCCCUGAUGACUUUGAGCUCGAUGAUGACCCGUUGCCAGUUGCUCCGACAAGACCUAAUCUUCAGUCAAGGCCCACACAACCGACACGACCCAACCCUCAGUCGAACCCCACAGCUCAGUCUAAACCCGGAGUUCAUUCAAAACCCACAGUUUCAUCACAUCUUGCCAACCAGGCGAAACUCAGAGCUCAGACCACACCUGCUGGACAGACCUCAGGUCAGUUAAAGCCCAAUGUUGCAGCUACAGCUCAGUUAAAGCCCGCCUCCUCCUCCACCACCAAUCCACAAUCAAAACCUGCUGCUGCAACAACCCUCAAGUCAAAGGCCGCAGCUACACCUGCGGCUUCACUGAAACCCCUUCCCACAGCUAAGGCUCCAUUAAAGUCUCCCGUCUUGACGACACCAAAGUCGAAUGCGGCUUCAGCUCCAGGUCAGCACAAGCCUGCCGCUUCUGCUCCUACCCAGGUAAAGCCUACCGCAGGUGGAGGUGCAGCUCAGUCGAGGCAGUCUGCUCCAACUACAUCUCAGCCUGCUGUGUCAACCACAUCUGAGACAAAACCUGGUGUUUCCAAGACGGAUGCUUCUUCAGUGUCUCAGAAAACCACAAAUCCACCAUCAUCCGGAGAUGGCAAAUGCAAGGAAACAGCUGAUCCACUUUUAUCCACCCCCACUACUUCCCUUUCCUCUGGAGAGAGCUUGAAAGUGUCUGAUGGCAAAUGGCACGGUGAACAAAAGCCUGCAGUCACUGGCGUUGAUCCCUCUCCAGAGAAUAAGACAGAAACAGCCCAGACAGCUGAGGGCACAUCGGAAAAGCCUUGUCAAGACAGAGCAGAGAAUCCACAAGACGGCGGGACUCCUCUCUCUGAUGCUUGUCUGCAAAGAGAAGUGAAGAAACUAAAGGAGGCCGACAAAGAUGGCACCCAAACUAUUAUUGAUGCAGGGCAGAAGCACUUUGGAGCGGUGGCCUGCGGUGUGUGUGGGAUGCUCUACUCUGCUGCCAACCCAGAGGAUGAGUCUCAACAUUUACUCUUCCACAAUCAGUUCAUCAGCGCUGUCAAAUAUGUGGGAUGGAAAAAAGAGAGGAUUCUGGGAGAGUAUCCAGAUGGAAAGAUCAUUCUUGUCCUGCCAGAUGAUCCCAAAUAUGCUCUGAAGAAGGUUGAGGAAAUCAGGGAGAUGGUGGACAAUGACCUCGGCUUCCAGCAGGUGGAGACCAAGUGUCCCUCUCAGACAAAAACCUUCCUCUUCAUCUCCAACGACAAGAAAGUGGCUGGAUGCCUCAUAGCAGAGCACAUACAGGAGGGGUACCGUGUGAUUGAGGAGCCCAUACCGGAGGGUUCAGAGAGAGAGAAAGUGAUGUUUGAACGUCAGAGAGCUUGGUGUUGCUCCACCACGCCAGAGCCAGCAAUCUGUGGUAUCAGCCGCAUCUGGGUUGUCAACAUGAUGAGACGUCAGGGCAUCGCCUCACGCAUGCUAGAGUGCCUCAGGAACAACUUCAUAUAUGGUUCAUACCUGAGCAAAGAUGAGAUCGCUUUCUCCGACCCCACUCCCGACGGGAAGCUCUUUGCCACACAAUAUUUUGGCACUUCUCAGUUUUUGGUUUAUAACUUUGUGAGUGGAACACGCUCGUCCCAGCCCAAAACUGACGCAGUAUGACGGUCUUCAGGAAAGGUAACGAUGGAUUUAACCGACUAACAGGACCCGCCCUCACUAAACAGCGUCUGACGCAGAAUCUGUACUUGCGUAACGAUUUAAAAACAAAAAAAAAAAAAAAAACUGUUAAUUACUCCUUGGAGAGGAAACACAUUGGUUUAAAUCUCAGGAUGAAAACAACAAGGUGUUGUUGAAAAAUGUUAUUAAUUUACCCUUUAAUCCCUCCCUGCAUAGUAUUUUGAAAAAAAAAAAGUAUUUUCUUUAUACAUUUUUAAGCAAACAAUUGGUUUUAUUAGAAGUAUAGAGUUUACAUGCAUGACCUGACAGCAAUAGAAAACAAAGAGCAUCUCAUUGUUCUGUUUUUUUUAAUCCCUGAGAAGCAUAAGAUCAAUUGACUGCAUUAAAUAAAAGGUUAUUUUAGAGUUUGUCCUCCUUCUGUUGUAAUGUGGUUUAUUUUAUUUUAUUUUUUUACAACUAUGUCAUGGAGUAAACACUGAGUAAGUUGGGGGUUUUUUUCAUGUUCAUCUCUUGACAAUUAACAGUGAUGCUGCCAUUGUCUCAAGUUGUUUUUAGAAGCGACAUCCAUAAUGUUUAAAGGUGACAGCUGCACAAUGUACACAGAGCAGUUAAGCUUGACUCUUUUUCCGUUUCAGUCCCCUUCAGUGUCACUGUCAUGUUUUUCUUGUAACAUUUCAAACGAAUCAUCUGAACCAGGUGAGUUUGUCGGCGGGACUCUGAUCGAGGAGAUGAGGGUUAGAACUGUAGCGUGGGCAUUAAUUGUGUGCUCUAAUUUUCUUAGAUCACCUCGCCUGAACUGUUUAGUUUUCCAAGCUGAGCCAUAUACUGUACACCAUUUAGCAGGGCAAUGUAGCCUAUACUGUAUGAGUGAUGUCUUUUUAUUUCAUCAAGGCUGUUAAUUGCUUUGUUUGUGCCUGAAUGAAUAAUGUGUGACUUACAAUGUUGAUUUGUUUUCUCUUCUUUUUAGCCAUAUGUUGCUCUAAGCAGCAUUUGGCCUUUUAUUGAGUUAGUGUAGAGUAUCAUGCUCCUAUUCCUUAGUAACAACAAAUGAAAAUGUAUAUAAAAUUAUCAUGUAGAUUUAUGCAUACUAUAAUAAAAUCUAUAAAGGAAGAUGAGCAAGAUCUUAAGGCUCAGGUGUUAAAUGGUAUUUGAGGGAUGGUAGGGGUAGGGAAGGUCGUCCAGGUUCAGCCUCUCUGAUUGCAAACAGGAAUAUUUGCUCAGUGGUCAACAUGAGGGGUUAGGAUGAACUUCUGCCUCUCUCAACACAGAUCUUACAGUAUCAUUGUAAUCCAUCACUUAUUUUCUUCCUUCUUUGUUUAAGCAGUUGCUUUUAGACAGAUGUGUCAUGUAAGAAAAAUAAAUUUGAUUUAUACGAAGCUGUUAUGUAAAUAUUUAUUUAAGUAAUAAACAAUGUAAAAUGUU